GUAUCAACUGUCGUUUUUCGAUGGGCACGGGAAAACGUAGUACGAUCUUUGGUGCUAGGAUUUAACGUGUCUUUACCAAAAUAAUAGUGACAAAUAGAUAUAUUCAGACAAAUGAAGAAAAUGUCUAACCAAAGUUCUACGAGCCUGUAAUCACUGUAAUUCCGUGGCUAGUACGUGAAUCUGAGUAGAUUGUUUACUUUGUUGUGACGGCACGAACCCAAGUUUGCGACUAAAUAUUGAUAUUAUAGAAGGUAGAGAAAUUAUUUUAAAAACAUUAAAUCUGACUACAAUUCCUUAAAAUGGAAUCACGUCUUCCAAAACUUAAUUUUCAAUUUAAAGUACCUGCAAGAACAGCUAAUGGAAAUUCAACUGUUGAAUCUUUGAAGUCAUUUAUUGCAUCAACUAGUACUGAAUCAGUCAAAAUGAAUAAAGAUUCAAGCAACAUGAAAAAUAAAACUGCUACAAAUAUCUCUGCAAAAGUUAUAGAUGAAAAUAAAGCAAAAACUAUAGAUGAAAAUAAAGCACCCAUAACUCGAAUGAAAGCCACAGCAAUAAAAAAUAAUAUCACCAUGGCUCGAGGUGCUCAAAAACGUCCAGCUCUAACUAACAAUGUUACUGUUGAAGCCAAAAGAGCCAACUUAAAAACAACAAUGAAGUCAAUAGUGAGACCAGUUAGGCCAACAACUUCGGUUGGUCCUAUAGGCAACAGAGCAAGACCAACAACAACUGCGUCUGCAGCAGCAGCAGUAAAUAAAUCUGCAGCUCCUAAGUUAAACAAAUGGGAUUUUAAAGGUCGAUUUGAACAUGCUAAUAUUGAACUGUCAGCCUUGAAACAGAAGCAUAAAGAUUUAACACUGCAGUACACAAGCAUGCAAGAAGAAAUGGAUAGUCUCAGGGAAAGUGAAAGCUCUAAUAGAUUAAAAGCUGAAAAGUUGGAGGUUGCAGCAACUGAGUUAGCUAAGGAAGUAGAUAAAUUGCAAUCUAAGAUUAAUGAACUUGAACAGGAACGAAAUAGAUUGGCCAAAGAUUUACAAGAAUCAAAAAAAUUGUACGACGAGACAUCUUCAUCAUUAGAACAACAUAAAAGUGAUUUAAAUAUUAAAGCAGUUUUAAUUGCUGAUCAACAUACUGAACUAACGAAUUUGAAAAGUAAACUGCAAGAAAUAGAGACCAAAAAUAGUGAAUUAACGACAUUGGUCUUAAAUUUAGAUAAAGACAGACGAGUUUUACACAAUACUAUCCAAGAAAUGAAAGGAAAUAUUAGAGUUUUCUGUAGAGUAAGACCAAAAAUUCCAAAGGAAUCAUCCAAAAGUACUUGCUUUAUCAACUAUCUUGAUGAAUGUACACUUGAGGUAGGAAAAGCUGAUGAAGCUUCAAUGAAAAUGAAAUCACAACGCCAAGAAUUCAGUUUUGACAAAGUAUUUCCCCCUACUGCUUCUCAAGCAGAUAUUUUUGAAGAGUUAUCUAUGCUUGUACAGUCGGCAUUGGAAGGCUAUAAUGUUUGUGUAUUUGCAUAUGGCCAAACAGGCUCAGGAAAAACUUACACAAUGGAAGGUUUUCCAGGUACAGACAAUGAAGGCAUGAUUCCAAGAACAGUAAAACAUAUAUUCAAUGAAAUGAAGCAAUUUGAAUUGCUUGGCUGGGAAUAUAAAAUUGAGGCAAGCUUUCUUGAAAUUUAUAAUGAACAAAUUGUAGAUCUUCUUGAUAAUACGAAAAAAAAUCAUGAUAUAAGAAUGGCUGAUAGUAAAGGGUCUGAUUUGUACGUUAGUAAUCUUCUUGUACAAGAGAUUAAUAGUCCAGAAGAGUUGAAUCAGUGUCUUGAGAUAGCUCAAGAAAAUCGUGCUAUAGCAGCAACGCAAUCUAAUGAAAGAUCGUCGCGGUCCCAUUCAGUUGCGAGAAUACGUUUGAUUGGAACGCACAAGGAGAAGCAAGAAAUUUGUAUAGGAAAUUUGAAUUUGGUAGACUUGGCUGGAUCUGAGCGAUUGAAAAAUGAAGAAGCUGCUAGGAUUGCUGAAACGAAAAACAUUAAUAAGUCACUGGCCAAUUUAGGACACGUUAUUUUGGCUUUAUUGCAAAAGCAAGACCACAUACCAUACCGAAAUUCUAAACUUACUCAUUUACUUAUGCCUUCAUUGGGUGGAAAUUCUAAAACUCUUAUGCUUUUGAAUAUUUCACCUCUUGAAGAAUCUUACAAUGAAACUUUGAAUUCACUGAGGUUCGGUUUUAAUGUUAAUAGUUGUAAAACGGGUACAAUUAAAAAGGUAAAGACGGUUCUAUAAACAAGCUUGCAUUUUACAUGCUUAUUGCCAAAUAUGUACAAAUAUUUCACUACCAUCAAUGGCUAAAUUGAGUCUUAUUCGAGACUGAUUUUUUAAAUGAUUUGAAUAACUACAAACGGAUUCGUAAAAUUCUAUAUGUUCUUGACAAGUUUAAAGUAUAAAUAAUUUCAUAAUUUUUAAGCUCUGUUCAUUUAUAAGAAAAAAUAUAUAGCAACAAACUUCUAGGAUUAAUUCCUAUCGAUUUUAUGCCUCGACUCCGAAAAACAUGCUUGUUUACAUAUUAUUAAUAAAAAUUUAUACUGUACAAAGUGAAUAAUGUUUUCAUAUGGAAAUUGAAAGUAUAUCAAUUGCUAAGAUAAUUUCGGUAUAUCAUACUAGAAUAAGAAUAAAUAUCUAUUAUUUUAAAUAAUUUGUUUAAUACAAAAUCUUGAUAGAAGUAUUGCAGAAAAGGUAAUCUG